AUGGAUCCCAUGAAUCUAGACAGCAAGUCUGAUUUGUUAAGGCCCAUCGUCGUCGUUGCCAUCUCCAUCCUCCUCUGCCCUAUCAUCUCCAUGACCACAUUGUCUACCACUCCGAUCGCUUCCUUCAGCUUUUUAUCUGAACCAAUGUUCAGUAAUCGCUUCAGUUUUCAUAUGAGCGACAACGGCGACAUUGCUCAUUGUACUAAUAGCUUGGAUGCGAGGUCGAAAUUGUCUGUCAACUUGGACUCUGGAAAAGAAGGAAUGAAGCACUCGAGUGAAGAAAGGCGUGCCCUUGGAGUAGUUGUGGAACUUGAUUUUGAGGAUGUUGUGGACGUUGUCGGGGUUGAAGGUGAUGUUAUCGAAGACAUGGAAGUGGAUGCUUUUGAUUGGAAGGCAGGGUUGCAACUUGCAAUUGUGACCGGGGGAGCAAGUGGAAUAGGAGCAGAAGCAGCGAGGUUAUUUGUGGAAAACGGUGCAUUUGUUGUUAUAGCAGAUGUUAACGAUGAAUUGGGGCUUCAAGUUGCAAGUUCCAUUGGCGUAGACAAGGUGAGUUACCAUCACUGCGACGUUAGAGACGAGAAACAAGUUGAAGAAACCGUUGCUUUCGCUAUCAAGAAAUAUGGAAGCCUAGAUAUCAUGUUCAGUAACGCUGGAAUUGCAGGCUCUUUCUAUAAAAUACUUGAUUUGGAUUUGAAUGACUUCGGUCGAGUCUCGGUUCGAAUUGACCGACCGGUUACUGUUGGUUUAGCAGUUCAACUCCGGUUUUUAGUUUUGCGAUUUUGGAAUAUAACCGAACCAUAA